AUGAAUCAAGAUCGACUCGUCAGCCUGGAAGAGUUCCUUAAAUCAACAGACAAGAAAGAGUUCAACAGCCCUAAAGAAUGGGAUGUAUGUAAGGGAGGGACUUUGGGUAGAUUUAUAGCUUGUGUGUUGCGUCAUGUCAGACUCCACUCAUAUUCGUCUUCCCCAUCCCUCCAGACUUUAGACGACACCAAGCCGGUGUUCACAGAGGCUGAGCUCCAGCGGUUUGAGGCGGAGCUGCGGACCAAGGAGGAGGAGCUGGGAAGGAGGGCGGAGUCUCUUCGUCAGGAGCAGGAUCUGCUGAAGGAGAGGGGCAAGGCCCUGGAAGCCCAGAGACGAGAGUACCAACAGGUAGACAACCACUACUUACUCUACGUAGUGGUAAUGGAGGAUAUCUAUCUGUCCAUCAAUACACUGUGUAUAGCCAUACUAUGAACAGCAAAAUACUGUCAAAUAAGCCAUACUCUCACUAUAGCGAUUAUACCGUCAAUGAAAUAUGAAACUAUGAGUAGCCAUAUGAUUAUUAUUGAAGGAAUUAUGACUCAGAAAUGUUUCUCUGAUUCUGUCAGGCAGUACUAGAGAUGUCUCAGAGGAAGGAGAAACAGGCAGUGGAGGGGCAGCCUCCUACGGGUCCUAACGGAGAACUACAGUUCCACCAAGAGAUGCAGAAACUGGAAGAUCAAGGUAAAUGA